AUGGAAUCUGAACAGCUUGCUAUGUUUUGUCCUGAUCCCGUAAACAACCCAGAUUUCAGGAUACCCAGAAUCAAAGGGAUUGAUCACGAUAAUCUACCUCCAUCUGAACAAAUUGAGCAAAUGGACCAAAGAAUAACACUUACGUUACAAAACAUAGACGCUGAUCUAUCAAACGUCUACAAUGUAAUUCUCAGCCGCAUUCUGCCUGAAAUCAAAAAUUACGGAUUAGCAACUGAUAACUCGAGAAAUAUAUCCAAGUACUGGAAGUCCUUCUUCGAGCACGCAGCACAGGUCAGAGUAUCACAGACUGGAGAGCAAUCAUUCGGAGACACUUAUUACAGCGAUGAUCUUACAGCCACAAAUAUCAACCACGGUGCUGAGCGCGAUGACGACAGGUCUAUAAAUGAGACUUUCAAUCAAGACUCUUUCCUCGGCCAAUUAGCUAACAACGGUGUAUCUUCAACACCGUUGCCUAAAGUUGAUGGAUCAGAAGCUAAUAUACAAGAUAGAUCGACAACAAUACCUAAUUCGCUUGAAUCACCAUUUGAAAGACUUAGAAGACAGAUACGCGAGAACGAUGACGAUGAUAUCAACUUUGAGACCAGUAAUUCUACAUCCAUCCUGCCUUCCUUUUCUUUACCUUCCGCAUCUGAAGCUGAAGCUGUUGGAACUGGAACUGGUGAAAUCAAGCCUGAUGACUCACAACUUGCUGAUGAUACCAUUAAUUAUAAUGACACAAACAACUACCAUGAAAAUCAACAAACUUCAUCUAUGAGCUUCAGUUUCAAGCACUCCACGCAUGAAGUGCCGAUCAAUAAGGAGAAUCAGGAUAACGAUGGCUUAGAGAAGACUCCUAAGAAGGGGAAGGUUAUCAGCAAUCCUUUUGGUGGUCCAAACUGGAAUGGUAUCACCGAUUUGAGAAACACACCACUGCGCAUAGACAACAAAGAGGGAAAAUUUAACUUUUCAAGUCACAAUUACAGACAGAGUGAUGAAGAUGGCCUUGAUUCCGAUGAAGAUGAAGAUGAUGUUUUACCCCCUGGAAUGUCACCUCCACAGACGAUGAACUUUACUAUGCCAAAGUCUAAAUUACAGAAAACACCAGCUAAAGAAGCAGCAGCUAGUAUUGUGGAUGACAUACUCAGAGAAACUGGUCAGUCUAAUAAGAAACCCCUCAAAAUUAAGGCAAUUAAUGCUGGAGAUGAUGACAAUGAGGAUGACCAGGAUACACUCAUGCAUCAAGGAUCGUUUAUGACUAGAAAUUACAGUAAGGGCAAUGACUUUAAUCCUGAUGUCUCUUCAUCUUCUACGACUAGCUCAUUAGACGAUACUAGUAUACAGCCACAACCACUUGCGCUCACCGCUGCUGCUGUGAUGGCAAAUGUACAAGACGACUCAGACUCAGACGAUGACAGUAUAAAUAACAGUAUGAGUAAUCAAAAUACAGAUGCUUCUGAUACCUUGUUUGGACCUCGAUCUAAUAAGAAUCAGGAAUCAAAAUUGCAAUUACAUGGCGAUGUCACAUCCACUUGGUUCGGUACGAAUAUCAAUAAUGCUGGUCAUGAUCCUCAAAGCCCACUUGGUAAAUAA